ACUUCUGGGAAGUUAAUAGUGCUCUUCACUCCAUGUACGUUCAUGUGCAGUGAGUCACUGCCUCGCUGAGAGUUUAGCCGGUGAGUGGAGUCUGCAAAAAGACUUGAAUGGGGCCACUUAAACAGCAGUGAUGCAAUUUAAUUGAUUUUUCACAUAAAAGAACCCAAUGAUUUCUGUGAACAGGUGCAGAAAUGUAAGCUGUCACAUAUCAUAGCAUGGAAAAUAUACUCAAAUAAUGAUGAUAAAUGUUGUUUUGUAAUGUGGUGAAUUAUUAAAAUCAGAACUUUGUUCUUUUAUAAUGAGAUACAUAUAUGACUGAUAAUGUCUCAGCACUGCAUAGUGUUUCUUCUAAUUGUAGUGAUCAUAUUUGACAGUGAGGGUUAUCUGGGGCAAAUCUCCUAAAGUGGAAACAUGUUCAGUUGUAGACAGCCCAUUGAAAUUGCCUUCAAUCGAAUCUUUGUGUGCCGAAUUGUUUUGUUACACUGAGGGGGCAGGGUCUCAUCCUGGUCCAGCUGGACCCAAAAGUAAAAAAGCGACCCACAAACUACUCAGUCUGAGUAGCAUUCUUCAAUUUGUCGAGAGCUUUUAACUGUAUGCUGAAACUGGGGACACAGCAGCCAUGCCUAAGCGAAAGAUAAACCUGUUGGAGGUUUGGCACAGGAACCGUGUUGCUCACCCAAACAGAGCUAAGAACCUAAAACUAUGGCCUCAUCAACUUGCACAAUUGAGAGACCCCGAAGUGGUGGCAGCCCUCAUUCAGCAGAAUGUCAAGAUGGCACGCCUACUCCCUCCCACAGGCACCGAUGUGUUCCAGCCCUUCACUUUGGAGUCGCUCGCCGAGAUCGAGCGGCGAAUGGCAGAAGAAGCCGCCGAGCAGGAACAGAUGAAGGCCCAGAAUAUUGAGGUGGCUGAGGAGGAUCUGCCCAAACCCACCAGUGAUUUGGAAGCAGGAAAGACCCUACCGUUCAUCUACGGAGACCCUCCACCAAAGCUCCUCAAUGUUCCUCUUGAAGAGUUGGAUCCAUUCUACAAAGCAAAAAAAACGUUCAUCGUUAUCACCAAAGGGAAUACAAUAUACAGAUUCAAUGCUGAACCUGCCUGCUACAUUCUAAGUCCCUUCAACCCUGUUCGACGAGUAGCCAUAAGAAUACUCAUACAUUCAUUGUUUAGCAUGUUCAUCAUGUUAACCAUCUUGUCAAACUGUGUGUUCAUGACGAUGAGUGACCCUCCAUCCUGGAGCAAAACAGUAGAGUACGUUUUCACUGGCAUCUAUACCUUUGAGGCAUUGGUAAAGGUCCUUUCCAGAGGCUUCUGCAUGGGUGAUUUCACAUUCCUUCGAGACCCGUGGAAUUGGCUGGAUUUCAUGGUCAUCAGCAUGGCGUACCUCACAGAGUUUGUGGACUUGGGGAAUGUAUCCGCUCUGAGGACUUUCCGUGUUCUCCGUGCCCUGAAAACAAUUACUGUAAUUCCAGGUCUAAAAACCAUUGUUGGCGCCCUGAUUCAGUCGGUGAAGAAACUGGCGGAUGUCAUGAUCCUCACCGUCUUUUGUCUCAGCGUGUUUGCUCUCAUUGGCCUGCAACUAUUCAUGGGUAAUUUGCGGCAAAAGUGUGUCAGAUGGCCUCUCCCGUCCAACCUGACCAUGCUCUACAAUCACACAGACAUCAAUGGCACUGAAGCUGCCAACAGCACUUUCAGCUGGGAGGAAUAUUUAGAAAAUCCAGGAAAUUUCUACUUUGUGCCUGGCCAUAUGGAUCCAUUACUUUGUGGGAACAGCUCUGAUGCAGGGAAGUGCCCUGAGGGGUAUACAUGCAUGAAAGCUGGCCGAAACCCAAAUUAUGGCUACACUAGUUAUGACACCUUUGCAUGGGCUUUCUUAGCCCUUUUCCGGCUAAUGACUCAAGACUUCUGGGAGAACUUGUUCCAGUUGACGCUCCGUGCAGCAGGGAAGACAUACAUGAUCUUCUUUGUAGUCAUCAUCUUCUUGGGUUCGUUCUACCUCAUCAAUCUGAUUCUGGCUGUGGUGGCCAUGGCGUAUGCUGAACAGAAUGAAGCCACCAUUGCAGAAGCUAAAGAAAAGGAGGAAGAGUAUGCAAGAAUCCUGGAACAGCUCAAGAAACAAGCUGAGCAGAAGAAUGCGAUGGUAAAUGGCAGCAAGACGUCACUAUCCACCAAAAAGAAAGGUGAUGAUGACCAAAUGCAGAGCGACUAUGAUGGGAUCGCAUUGACACCCCUCUCAAAAUCGAAUGGAUCCAAAGGCAGCAUGAAUUACUUGGAAGUCCCUGAAUCGCAGAUGAGAAAACUGAGUGCAGUGAGCGCUACAGACAAUGCUUUAGAUGAGCUGGACGAUAGUCAAAGGCCAUGUCCUCCCUGCUGGUACAAGUUUGCAGACAUAUUCCUGAAAUGGGAUUGCUGCGUGCCAUGGGUGAAGUUUAAGAAAUUAAUGUACCUAAUUGUAAUGGACCCUUUUGUGGAUCUGGGCAUCACCAUCUGCAUUGUGCUCAACACAGUGUUCAUGGCUAUGGAGCACUAUCCCAUGACUGAAGAUUUCGAACACAUUUUGUCGGUUGGAAACCUGGUUUUCACAGGCAUCUUCACAGCAGAGAUGGUCCUAAAACUUAUUGCACUGGACCCAUAUUAUUACUUCCAGGUUGGCUGGAACAUUUUUGACAGCAUAAUCGUGACCAUGAGCCUGGUGGAGUUGGGCUUAGCCAAUGUUCAGGGCUUGUCUGUGCUGAGGUCCUUCCGUCUGAUGCGUGUGUUCAAGCUGGCAAAGUCUUGGCCAACCCUAAACAUGCUGAUAAAGAUCAUCGGUAAUUCUGUGGGUGCUCUUGGAAACCUGACCCUUGUCCUGGCCAUUAUUGUCUUCAUCUUUGCUGUGGUGGGGAUGCAGCUUUUCGGAAAGAGCUACAAGGAUUGUGUGUGUAAGAUUAGUGAAGAUUGCGAGCUCCCUCGCUGGCACAUGACAGAUUUCUUUCACUCGUUCCUCAUCAUUUUUCGUGUUCUAUGUGGGGAAUGGAUCGAAACAAUGUGGGACUGUAUGGAGGUGGCUGGCCAAGGAAUGUGCAUCAUCGUCUUCAUGAUGGUCAUGGUUAUAGGAAACCUUGUGGUAUUGAAUCUCUUCCUGGCUCUGCUGCUCAGCUCCUUCAGCGGGGACAACCUGGCAGCGUCUGAUGAUGAUGGAGAGAUGAACAAUCUGCAGAUUGCCAUUUCUAGAAUCACAAGAGGCAUUGACUGGGUAAAGGCCUUCGUUAUCAGUCAUGUGAGACAGUGUCUGGGCCUGAAGCCAAAGGAAGAGGGUGCGAACGCAAACGAGGAGGGUGAUUCUAAAAUGGCCACCAUGAAUUCCAGUCUGUCCGUUAUCAAAGUGCCAAUAGCCAAUGGUGAAUCGGAUUAUGAUGAUGGCAACAGCUCUUCUGAGGAUGAAGACAAAGAAGGCGUCGAUAAAAAUACUAAAAAGACAGAUGGAGAUGAAUCGUCAACCUGCAGCACGGUGGACAAACCUCCUGAGGUAGAACUGGUAGAAGAGGUGGAAGAAGUGGACUCCACCAUCCCUGAGGACUGCUACACAGAGAACUGCAUCAGGCGAUGUCCUUGCUUGGAGCUUGAUGUUAACGUGGGUAAAGGGAGGGCAUGGUGGAACUUCCGAAAAACCUGCUACGCCAUUGUGGAGCACAGCUAUUUUGAAACCUUCAUCAUCUUCAUGAUUCUCCUCAGCAGUGGAGCUUUGGCAUUUGAGGACAUAUAUAUCGAACAACGGAGAAUGAUUAAAAUCAUCCUUGAAUAUGCAGAUCAGGUCUUCACCUAUGUGUUUGUCAUUGAGAUGCUUCUGAAAUGGGUAGCCUAUGGUUUCAAGGUCUAUUUCACAAACGCAUGGUGUUGGCUGGACUUUCUCAUCGUUGAUGUGUCCCUGAUCAGCUUGACUGCAAAUAUCUUAGGCUACUCUGAACUGGGGGCCAUUAAAUCUCUCAGGACUUUGAGAGCACUUAGACCUCUUCGAGCUCUCUCCAGGUUUGAAGGAAUGAAGGUUGUGGUGAACGCCCUGGUGGGGGCCAUCCCCUCCAUCUUCAACGUUCUCCUGGUGUGCCUAAUCUUUUGGCUCAUCUUCAGCAUCAUGGGAGUCAACCUUUUUGCUGGAAAGUUCUACUACUGCUUUAAUGAAACAUCCGAAUCAGUUUUCCUUCCCUCUGAGGUCAACAAUAAGACUGAUUGCCUGGAGCUGGCUGAGGCUGAUCCAAAUGUGCGAUGGAUGAAUAUGAAGGUCACCUUUGAUAAUGUAGGCAUGGGCUACCUCUCCUUACUGCAAGUGGCAACAUUUAAGGGAUGGAUGGACAUCAUGUAUAGUGCUGUGGAUUCCCGUGAAGUUGAAACGCAGCCGGACUAUGAGUCAAACCUCUACAUGUACAUUUACUUUGUGAUCUUCAUCAUUUUUGGCUCUUUCUUCACCCUCAAUCUAUUCAUUGGUGUCAUCAUUGACAAUUUCAACCAACAAAAAGCAAAGUUAGGAGGAACAGACAUCUUCAUGACAGAAGAGCAGAAAAAAUACUAUAAUGCCAUGAAGAAACUUGGCUCCAAAAAGCCACAGAAACCAAUUCCAAGGCCUACGAACUGCUUCCAAGGCUUGGUAUUCGACCUGGUCACCAAGCAAUUCUUUGACAUCUUCAUUAUGGUGUUGAUCUGCCUGAACAUGAUCACCAUGAUGGUGGAGACGGAUGACCAGACUGAAGAGAUGGAAAUUAUUCUGUUCUUUAUCAACUUUGUCUUCAUCGUGCUCUUCACCGGGGAGUGCAUUCUCAAGAUCAUCGCCCUGCGCUAUCACUACUUCUCCAUUGGGUGGAACAUUUUUGAUUUUGUGGUGGUCAUUCUUUCAAUCUUAGGUCUUUUGCUGGCAGACCUCAUCGAGAAGUACUUUGUGUCACCUACGCUGUUUCGUGUCAUCCGACUGGCCAGAAUUGGCCGCGUCCUGCGUCUCAUCCGGGGUGCGAAAGGAAUCAGGACGCUACUGUUUGCACUGAUGAUGUCACUUCCUGCCCUCUUCAACAUUGGCCUCCUCCUGUUCUUAAUCAUGUUUAUUUUCUCCAUAUUCGGCAUGUCCAACUUUGCGUAUGUGAAAAAAGAAGCAGGCAUCGAUGACAUGUUUAAUUUCGAGACCUUCGGGAACAGUAUCAUAUGUUUGUUCAUGAUCACGACGUCUGCCGGCUGGGAUGGACUGUUGUCGCCUAUUCUCAACAAUCCGCCAGACUGUGACCCGGACUUGGUGAACCCGGGAUCGCCUGUCCGGGGAAACUGCGGGAAUGCCGCGGUGGGCAUCGUCUUCUUCUGCAGCUACAUUGUCAUGUCCUUCCUCGUCGUAGUCAACAUGUACAUAGCCAUUAUCCUGGAAAACUUCAAUGUAGCGACGGAAGAAAGCAGUGACCCCUUGUGCGAGGACGACUUCGAGAUGUUCUAUGAAACCUGGGAGAAAUUUGACCCCGACGCUUCUCAGUUCAUCGAUUACAACAGACUGUCUGAAUUCUGCGACACGCUGAAAGAACCCCUGAGAAUCCCGAUACCGAACACAUUGAAGUUGAUCACAAUGGACCUUCCCAUGGUCCCUGAUGAUAAGAUCCACUGUCUGGACAUCCUCCUGGCCCUCACUACCGAGGUGCUGGGUGAUUCUGGCCAGAUGGAUGCCAUGAAAGCAACUAUGGAGGAGAAGUUCAUGGCGAACAACCCCUCGAAGGUUUCGUACGAGCCCAUCACCAGCACUCUCAGACGUAAGCAAGAAGAAGUGGCCGCUUCGACCAUUCAAAAAGCCUACCGCGCGCACGUUCUCAAACGCUGCCUCAAACACGCCUCGUAUAUGUACAGAGAGAAGACAGACUCAAAGGGAAAAGAAGAAGAGGCUCCGGAGAAUGAGGGAAUGAUUGCUAAGAAAAUGAGGUAUCUUUAUGGAGAUCAGGACAUUGAGGAAAACAAACCUGUGGGUUUCUCUUUCUCUCAACGUGGGAAAACACAGCCCUUGGCUCAGCGUCCCCCGGUGAAGGUUCAGAGGGAUGUGGUCUUGCACUCUGCCCCCUUUCCACUUCCUGACUCCUCAACCGCUGCGGAAAAGUUGAGGGAGUCCAUGGUGUAGCAGGUUCAAGCCAUGGUGAACACUCAACCUUUGGAAAGCCCAACAAUACUGAGACCCUUCAGGAGAGGGUUUCUUCAGAGUUAUACUUUGGCACACAACAGCCAGUAUGAAAGAAAUUCAUUGAGUUAGUAUGGCGAAGAUUCUUUGCGUAUGGCUAAGAGUUGUAAUCAGUAAAAGGCUCCUCUCAGUUUGUCUAAUGGCACUGGAAAUGAUUGGGCUCUUAGUGCAGACAUCAAUGAUUUUGACGCCCAGAACCUGAAAUGACCCCAUGACUUGUCAUGAUAGCCAGAACAGACUAAAAUAAAUCCUGUUUUAAGAGUAUAUUACAGAUCGUUUUUGUAGUAUCUGACUUAAUUGCAUUUAAAAAUUAACACAUAUUUGAGAUUUAGACUCAUUUUACUUGCUUUCAACUCUAGCAUUCAAAAUAAACAUAUUGUUCUGAUUUUGCACUAACAGUUAAAUAAAAUUAACACUGGCAACCUGUUAUUCAGAAUAUUAGUUUUAAUAGUUCACUGUAAAGACAUGUAAUAUUACAUCUUUAUACUAACAGCAGUACAUUUGGUAGUAUUUUAAACCUUUAAUCAAAUAAAAGCAGAAUCUCUAGUUUGCCCAAAGACAAAAAUGUCACUACAAGAUUAAAUUAUCCAAGGAUAUAACUCAGACCAUAAAACAAACAGAACUGUAAAUGUGGAUUCUGUAAUGCUUAACUUGCCUAAUGAGCCUUUCUCGUGUGGAGGGUGUACUUGCAAAUUGUUAAUUGCAAGUAUAGGUCAUUUUUACUUUAUUUUGAGCCAGAUUUGUGCCAUUGUGUCCUGAAUGUCUGGUUGUUCAGCCCAGCCAUGUAGUGCAUGAUAAUGGGCAUGAUGACACAAUAUACAGAGAUUGUUCUGUAGAUAAUAAACUAUGCAAAGGAGUAUGCUUUGUACAGGUCAUUGUAUGUUGGAAAAACUACAUGUAUGAAUGGAUGUAUCAGGGUCUGAAGGGGGAAAAAAAACUAGCCAACUUAGCAUAUUGCAUCCUUAUUUUUAUUAGCAUUCUGUGGAGACUGAUGUUCUAUGGACACAGUCUGCUAUAAUGCCUCCAGAGAGUCAGACUCAACAAGACUGACCAAAUGUGCCUUGUCAGACUGUUGGCAUCCCCAUCGUGUUUCACUGUAUCUAUACUCAUCCAGCAUUUACAGUUAAAUUGUGAUGAUCAACAUUUAAUUGCAAAGUUAACAAUUUAUCUUUCUUUCACAACCGAUUUAACAGCUUUAUUUUGACUGCCAGGUUAAAAGGUUUAAAUGUUUUAGGAAGUAUUUUCAGUUGCUUGUCGUUUCACAUCUUUUUUUUAAUUGAAUUGGUUAAACAUUUUGUAACAUGCACUGGCUGUUGAAGCAACCAGUUUAUUUAAGCCCCCAAGCUGAAAGUGUUAGAAUAAGCACUUAAUUAAGCAUGAAGCUUUGGUUGCUUACAAACUCUUUAUUUAUGGCAUUUCUAUCACUUUUUUAUAUAUAUAUAUUUGUGAAAUGCAAAUCAUGAGUGAGGGUGCAAGUAGAGAGAUGAGGAUUACAAGCGUGAUUACAAACAACCUAUUCAUACUUCAGUUUGUUCAUGCAGUAAUGACAUGAUAAUGAUUAAAAUAGGAAUGCACAUAACUGAAUACUUUUCAGAAAACCUUUUCAUUUAUCAUUGAUUUUAUUAAUUAAACUAAGACAAAUGAAUAGUAAUAUAAUACAAAUCAGAAUCCACUUAAUGUUUUGCAUUGAUAAAAUCCUUGUUGAUUUAUUAUUUAAUUUUAUAAUUGUCACAAUUAAGAAAUUUUAGUAUUUUUAGAUGGUCUUUAAUGUUCUGCUUAUAAGUACUAACACGCUGUUUACUGAAUGUAUUGACACCUCACAGUAUCUGAAUGCAUGUUAUGGAUUAUGUAACAUUUUUCAAGUACUGAAAUAUUUGUAAAUUUUAUUGUAUAUUCUUUCUCUGUUUACAUGACAGAAAUAAACUCGUUUUUUGAA